AUGAAAGACAUUGUACAAAGUCGAGUUGUCCUCCUAUCCUCUAUUGGUAUCCUCCUGUUAGCCACGAACAUGGCAAGGUCGGUCGAGGCAAACCCAACGUCCAAUUCAAUCGAGGAUGAUACGGCUAGGUCUAGCAUGAACAGCUUCUUCAACGAGAUUCGUUACGUUUAUCAGAUUUACAAAGAGUGUUCGGGUGAAGACGCCGAUAUCAGUCCUUGCUUGAAAUUGAGGUUACUUUCAGCAAUGGAUAGGGUUUCGAGGAGCGCCCAACUCGACGUUGCCGAUGGCGUUACCUUUUUAAGGGAAGGUCCGGUGAAAAAUGAUGACGAAGAAGUACCGAAAUCUUUGAAAGAAAUCGAAGCUAAUUUGCCGAGAGCUUUGGAUGACAAAGAAGAUGCACUUAACGGGAUGAUCUUUGACAGGAUCGUCAAGUUUAUCAAAAGUCAUACGUUGAAACUUAAAUUAACCGACAUUGAGGAACUUCAACGUAGUUUCAGCGAGGAAGGUAGAAGGAAAAAGAAUAAGAUGGGUGGAUUAAUGGCGAUACCUUUGUUGAUCGGUGGAACUCUUGUACCAUUGGCUCUCGGUGCUCUUGCACUUUUGGCUGGCAAAGCAUUGAUCGUCAGUAAAUUGGCCCUAGUCUUGGCAUCGAUCAUCGGUUUGAAGAAACUCGUAUCUGGUGGAGGCGAACACGGACACGAGGUUGUUCAAGUUGCUGCUGGAGGACACGGAUCUAGUGGUUGGGCGAGGUCGAGUCAUGAACUUGCAUAUCCUGCAUACAAACCAUCAUCGAUAUAA